CGUAUCGUUACGUCAAUUCUCUCUUAACUUGCAAUGGCUCGUACUAAGCAAACUGCGCGUAAGUCGACCGGUGGAAAGGCUCCACGUAAACAACUCGCUACCAAAGCUGCUCGUAAGAGUGCGCCAGCAACCGGAGGAGUCAAGAAGCCUCAUCGUUACCGUCCAGGCACAGUAGCUCUCCGUGAAAUUCGUCGCUACCAAAAGAGCACGGAACUUCUCAUCCGUAAACUACCAUUCCAACGUCUGGUUCGUGAAAUCGCUCAAGAUUUCAAAACUGAUCUUCGAUUCCAGAGCUCAGCUGUGAUGGCUCUCCAGGAAGCCAGCGAAGCCUACUUAGUUGGUCUCUUUGAAGACACCAACCUCUGUGCCAUCCACGCCAAACGUGUAACCAUCAUGCCCAAGGACAUCCAGUUGGCUCGUCGUAUCCGAGGAGAACGUGCUUAAGUUGCCUCAACAUCCAAACAUACAAAACCAAACGGCCCUUUUCAGGGCCAUCAAAUUUUUUAAACAAAGAAAACUUAACUCGUUCAUUUAUUUCAAUGACUAAAUUUAAUAUACAAUUACCACAUUCAUCCUUAUUUACCCAACCUACUUGACUGCCUUCAAAAUUUAGCCGACUCAUCAGGAAUUUUUAAUUAAUUAUAAUUAAAAUAACCAAUUAUAAGAAUCCUUUCCUUUCGCAACUUUUCUAAUUUCAAUGAGUUGAAGACCACCUUUUUUCUGUUAAGGCCAUUCUCCAAGGGUGCCCCCCACUUUUUUCCAAAAAAUGCGGCGCCGCCUGGUGGCCGGCAGCCGCACUAAAAAAUACUAGAGCUGCAAAACUUCACAAUUAAAUUAAAAUUAUUUAGAAUAAGCAGAUGCAAAAAAUGUAAAUUUUAUAAUGAAUAAAAAUAAUUAAGAUUA